GGCCCCAGGCUUGCCGCGACUGCGGUGACCCUGGCGGGCCCCUUGCCGGCUCCCCGCGCGCCUUGUCCGUCUGUCCCGGGCCCCGGUCCUCUGCGCCCCGAGUGUCCGCGGGCGGCGGCGCAGGGGCAGAAGCGCCCGGUCUCUGACUCAGGGAUCGUGCCCUUUCCCCAAGCACUCCCGAUGCCUCAUUUACCUCUGGCCACUGUGCUUCGACCACCACUUCGGGGGCCGAGGCCCUCGCGGAGCCUACCCAGGUCCAAGCCCCUUUCUACACAGUCCGAGCCGCAUGGCUCGUCCAUCUCCCGGAGGAACCGAGAGGCCAAACAGAAGCGCCUGCGGGAGAAGCAGGCGGCGCUGCAGGCUGGGAUACCCGGGAGGAGCAAGUCGCCUGCAGAAGCCGGGAAGGCCUGGAGUCCUAAGGAGGUAGUAUUAUAUGACGUUCCUACGGCACCAGGUGAAAAGAAAGAUGUCUCCGGGCCCCUGCCCCCUGCUUACAGCCCACGAUAUGUGGAAGCUGCUUGGUACCAGUGGUGGGUUCGAGAGGGCUUCUUCAAGCCAGAGUAUCAGGCACGGCUGCCCCAGGCUACCAGGGAGACCUUUUCCAUGUGUAUCCCACCUCCCAACGUCACAGGUUCCCUGCACCUCGGCCAUGCCCUCACUGUGGCCAUCCAGGACGCCCUUGUGCGCUGGCACCGGAUGCGUGGGGAUCGCGUGCUGUGGGUCCCUGGCUCGGAUCAUGCAGGAAUUGCUACACAAGCUGUGGUGGAGAAGCAGCUGUGGAAGGAGCGGGGAGUGAGGCGACACGAGCUGAGCCGGGAGGAGUUCCUCAGGGCAGUGUGGCAGUGGAAGGAGGCGAAAGGAGGAGAAAUUUGUGAGCAGCUGCGUGCCCUGGGCUCCUCCCUGGACUGGGAUCGAGAGUGUUUUACCAUGGAUGCUGCCUCCUCAGUGGCCGUGACCGAGGCUUUUGUGAGACUCUACGACGCGGGAUUGCUGUACCGGAGCCGCCAGCUCGUCAACUGGUCGUGCGCUCUGCGAUCAGCCAUCUCGGACGUUGAGGUGGAGAGCCGGGCCCUGUCUGGCCGUACGGAGCUGCAGCUGCCGGGCUGCCCCAGCCCCGUGUCUUUUGGGCUCCUCCUUUCUGUCGCCUUUCCGGUGGAUGGAGAGCCUGAUGCGGAAGUUGUGGUGGGAACCACGAGGCCGGAGACGCUGCCUGGCGACGUGGCUGUGGCCGUUCACCCCGACGACUCCCGCUACACGCGUUUCCAUGGGCGGCGGCUUCGUCACCCCUUGACGGGGCAGCUUCUCCCCCUCAUCACGGACACUGCUGUUCAGCCGCACGUGGGCACAGGGGCAGUGAAGGUGACACCGGCUCACAGUCCUGCCGACGCCGAGAUGGGAGCGCGACACGGCCUGCGCCCCGUUAGUGUCAUUGCGGAGGAUGGGACCAUGGCCUCGGCCUGCGGGGACUGGCUGCAGGGCGUGCACCGAUUCGUGGCCCGAGAGAAGAUUGUGCUGGCGCUGAGGGAACAGGGCCUGUUCCGGGGCCUCCGGGACCACCCCACGGUGCUGCCCAUGUGCAGCCGCUCCGGGGAUGUGGUCGAGUACCUGCUGAAGAGCCAGUGGUUUGUCCGCUGCCAGGAAAUGGGGGACCGGGCUGCCAAGGCCGCGGCAUCGGGGGCCCUGGAGCUCCGUCCCUCCUUCCACCAGAAGAGCUGGCAGCACUGGUUUGCCCACAUCGGGGACUGGUGCAUCUCCCGGCAGCUGUGGUGGGGCCAUCGGAUUCCCGCCUACCUGGUCGUCGGGGAGCGCACCAAGGGCGGCAAGGAGGACUGUUGGGUGGUUGGGCGGUCAGAGGCCGAGGCCAGAGAGGCCGCAGCAGCGCUGACCGGAAGGCCAGGGACCGAGCUGACCCUGGAGAGGGACCCGGAUGUCCUGGACACGUGGUUCUCUUCGGCUCUUUUCCCUUUCUCUGCCCUGGGCUGGCCUCGAGAGACCUCAGACCUUGUGCGUUUCUACCCGCUGUCACUUUUGGAAACUGGCAGUGACCUCCUGCUGUUCUGGGUGGGCCGCAUGGUCAUGCUGGGGACCCAGCUCACGGGCCAGCUCCCCUUCAGCAAGGUGCUCCUCCAUUCCAUGGUUCGGGACGGGCAGGGCCGGAAGAUGAGCAAGUCCCUGGGGAAUGUGCUGGACCCGAGGGACAUCAUCCACGGGGUGGAGCUGCAGGAGCUGCAGGCGAAGCUGCGAGCUGGGAACCUGGACCCCGCGGAGCUGGCCCUCGCAGCCGCAGCCCAGAAAAAGGACUUCCCUCACGGGAUCCCCGAGUGUGGAACAGACGCCCUGAGAUUCACACUGUGCUCCCAUGGAGUGCAGGGGGGCGACCUGCACCUGUCUGUCCCUGAGGUCUUGAGCUGCCGCCGGUUCUGCAACAAGAUCUGGAAUGCCCUGCGCUUUAUCCUCAGUGCCCUGGGGGAGAACUUUGUACCCCUGCCCCCAGAAGAGCUGUCCCCCUCCUCGCCCGUGGAUGCCUGGAUCCUGAGCUGCCUGGCCCGGGCUGCCCACGAGUGUGAGCGCGGCUUCCUCGCCCAGGAGCUCUCGCUCGUCACCCGCACCCUGCACCACUUCUGGCUGCACAGCCUCUGCGAUGUCUACCUGGAGGCCGUGAAGCCGGUGCUGGCCCGCACGCCCCGCCCCCCAGAGCCUCCUCAGGUCCUGUUCGCCUGCGCAGACGUCGGGCUCCGUCUCCUCGCCCCCCUGAUGCCCUUCCUGGCCGAGGAGCUCUGGCAGAGGCUGCCCCACAGGCCCGGCGGGCCCCCCGCCCCCAGCAUCUGUGUCGCGCCCUACCCCGCUGCCCGCAGCCUGGAGCACUGGUGCCAGCCCGAGCUGGAGUGGCGCUUCUCCCGGGUCCAGGAGGCUGCGCAGGUGCUGCGGGCUCUCCGGAACACCUACCAGCUCACCAAGGCCUGGCCCCGAGUGCUGCUGCAGAGCUCGGAGCCAGAGGAGCGGGACCUCUUCCAGGCCUUCCUGGAGCCCCUGGGCACCCUCGGCCGCUGUGGGGCUGUGAGCCUCCUGCUCCCAGGGGUAGCGGCUCCCUCGGGCUGGGCCCAGGCCCCUGUCAGUGACAGCGCUCAGGUCUACAUGGAGAUACAGGGCCUGGUGGACCCCCAGGCCCAGCUCCCCCUGCUGGCUGCCCGAAGGCACAAGUUGCAGAAGCAGCUGGAUGGCCUCACUUCCGGGACGCUGUCAGAAGCGGAGGCAGAGACGCAGAGGCUGCAAAGGCUCUCCUCCCUCCGGCUGGAGCUGUUCAAGCUGGAGCAGGCGGCAUCACACCUGCGGCAGCUGAUGGACGAGUCACCAAGCCCCGGGGAGCGCUGAGCUCUGGCUCAGACCCAACUGUGAGGACAGCGAUCGUCAGCUGUCCGCUGCUUCAAGGGGCUCAGAGACCUCAGGGCGGGGCCGCCUUCCUUGUUCUGUGGGUGCAGAAGCACGCAGGACUGGUCACUAUGCCGGGGCCUGCCUGUGUUGUCUGCCGGCCUCUUCCGCGUCGGGCCCACCCGGAUGUUGGAAAUGCGGAGACUGGGAUAAACAUACGAUUCCUGGCAUGUGUA